AUCGACUUGCAAAAAGUGCUUUUGUAAUGAAAAGUUUAAAUAACGCAGUUUUAAAAAUCUUUUCUUAGUUAUUUCAGUUAAUUAAGUGCUGUCUCCUAUAGUUAAAUAAGAUUUAAUACAUAACAUAACUUAAAUUAUGAAUGACGACGAUACUAGUGAGUUUUAUUUUGAAUCAGAACAUUUAGCAUUAAAAAAUAAUAAAGAUUACCAUAAAUUAAUAAAAUGUAUAUCAAUUUUGGAAGCACAACGGACUCAAGCUAUACGAGAUAUCGAUACAUUAAAACUUAUCGAAAAGAAUAUAUUAGAUGAUCCGGAAAGUUUGCUAAAAAAUUUAAAAAAUGGAAUAAAUUUGAAUAUACCAAAUCGACAAAUUAUUGCUGAAAUACCAAAAAUUGAUUGGCUUAAGUAUUCAAAAUAUUUACCAAGUGAUUUUCAAUUACCUGUUGAUAGUGUGAAAACUGAAAAGAAAACUGAGAAUAUGAAUGAAAUUGUUAAUCAAAUUAAUGAUGAAAAGAAAACUGAAUCACAUAAUCGAUUGUGGACAAUUGAAGAACAAAAACGAUUAGAAGAAUUAUUGGUAACUUAUCCACCGGAACCGGUAGAAAUGAGGCGUUUUGCGAAGAUUGCAAAAGCAUUAGGAAAUCGUUCGACAAAACAAGUUUGUAGCCGUGUUCAAAAGUACUUUAUUAAAUUACAUAAAGCUGGUUUACCAAUACCUGGACGGAUACCGAAAACAAUUGAUAAGAAAGGCAUGAAUCACAAACAUCAGCGCUUCAAUCGAUUUUUGUAUCGACCCUCAACAUUCUUUCCAAAUAAUGAGGUACCUGUUCAUAUGACUGAAUUUGAUGACGAUGUUCCAGGACCUAGUUCACAAGCUUAUUCAAAUAAUGUAUCUUCAUCGUUCCCAAUAAAAACUGAGACUUAUCAAAUCAAUAACGAUUCGGAUGAUUCUCAAAUUAGUUCAUCUAAAUAUGAAUUAAACCGUAAAAUCGAUUUAUUACGAAAAGUUAAAGCUGAUAAAGAACGUGGUGUUUCAUAUUGUGUUCACACUAAUUUUAAAUGUAACUUUUGUAGUGAAAUUCCAAUAGUUGGAACUCGAUGGCAAUGUGAAGAUUGUACAUCAGUCAAUUUUUGUAGUGAAUGUGUUGUAAGUCAAAUGGAUUCCGAUAAACCACACUCAUUUUUUCAUCGCAUAACGCCCAUAAGAUAUGCUAAAACACAAUUGACUAACGAUAUGCUUAGUAAUAAAGAUGAAUUAAAUCAACGAAAUUUCUUGAUCGCUAAUAGUUUAAGUAAUAAUUCAACAAACACUACUGUAGAAAAUGCUGUUGAUGAAGGAGAUGUGAAAAUUAAAGAGGAACCAUCGAAUAAUAUUUAUGAUGAAGAUUAUUUUCCAAGUAGCUUUGGUGAAAGUAGUGAAACACAGUAUUACAAUUAUUUAGAUCCAAAUUUUUUACCAGAAUAAAUUUAUUUUUUUCAAAUUUAUGUUCUCAUAUAUAUAUGAGAAUCUUUAUUGACAUGCUCGUAGAGCUAAUCAAAUUACAUUAUAGUGUGUAACAAUAACAAACUGAACAGGAAAAAAAACAAAAAUUAACUCUUGGAGAAAAAAAUAAAAAAACA